UUCCGAAACCGAGAGUCGGAGCUAUUAAACAGACGGAGCAACGGCCGAGGCCCGACGUAAAUUUCUAGAUACAUAUUCUGUUUGUUUGGACACAACAUGACUUCCCACCGACAUGCCCGGGUGUGGAGGUACGUGGAGGAAGGGAGCUGUUUGAAACUGAAGUCGUAUCUGCGGAAGCACCCGGACCUGGACGUGAACUUCUCCCGGGGAAAGAGGCAGAGGAGCCCGCUGCAGUUAGCCUGCUCACUAGAAGACGACGCUAUCCUGCGGCUGCUGCUCAAACACGGAGCCGAUGUUCUCCAGAGGGAUCGGAGAGGAGACACGGCGCUUCAUGUCGCUGCCAACAGGGCCCUGAAACACGGGAAAACAGUUUAUGAUGACUUGGUCAUACCUCUCAAAAAGUCAUGUCCCGAAGCUUUAAACGCUCAGAACCGAGCAGGAGUCACACCUCAAGACCUGCUGAAAUGGAUGAAACAUUCGGAGAUUUCAGACAACACGGGCCGCAGACCGGAGGCUGACACUGAGAAGGAGUGGCUGGAGAAGCUGUUUGGGGAAUGCGAGGAUGAAUUUUCUGAAACCUUCGGGGUAUAUGAUGCUGAUGAUUAUCUACCUGUUGAUGAAGAAGACGGAGACUUUGGGGACUGGGCCGAUCGCAUCAGAAGGGAAUAUUUUGACAAAAAACACUCUGAAGCUCAAAGACUGGCAAGUUCAUCUUCUAAGGGGAAAAAAGAGAAAAAGAAGGAACAAGCAGAGGAAAGCCACAAGAAGCUGCAUGAAAGGCUGCAGCGGGAGCAUGAGGAGUAUUUGGCUCGAGCUGCACGUAAAGAGGAAGAGACUCGGCUGGGAAAGAAGCGUCGAUAUGACGAAAAGUGUGCUGCUACAUUUAAUGGUUCCUCCACAUCAGACAGCACAAAGCUGCGCUACAGCGACAUCCCCUGGCCGUCUCCAAGAGGCACGGUCCAUGAGAUGGUGGAUGUGAUGCUGCAUGGCGUGAACCGGAAAGAUGUGGCGGCGUUACGUAAAGCGAUCCGGAAACAGCAAACGCUGUGGCAUCCGGAUAAAUUCGCUCAGCGAUGCGAAGCUCGAUUAGAGGAGAAUGAAAAACGGAAGAUUCUGGAUACAGUAACAGCUCUGUCACAGGAACUCAACAGACUGGCUCAGAGUUUCAGGACUUAAAAAUCACUCAAUGUUCUUCAUUGGGCAUGUGGACAUAUGUUUAUCAUAUUUAUUGACAGCCUAGAUUUCUGUUUUCAUUUGAAUUUUAGACAGCUGUAGUUUCCUUUACAAGGAGGCUCGUGCUAAAUAAAUUAAGAAAAGCUGCUUCAAAUGCAUAAAUGCAAUAAAUUAUCAAUUGGAACAAUU